CACAACCCUCAACUAUCGAUAUAAUUAUCUUUCUCUUCCACUUUCUCUCAUUUGAUACAUUCUCAAACCUAAAAUUAUCUAAGCCUGGAACUAAAGAACCACACAUGAAGCAAAGCAUAUGUUUUCUUGUAUAUCUGAUCUUCCUAUUUGUUUUGCUUUCACCAGCAUCAUCUUCCCAUUUCUUAUCAACCAGUGAAGUACUCAAAGAGGAGGUAAAGAUCAAUGGAAAAGUGAGCCUUCCAUAUUCACUUGACCAGAUGGAAACCACCGAUUCAUUAAAUAAGCUGAUGGGGUUGGAGGAAUGUGAAGAUGAAGAUGGAGAAUGCUUUAAGAGAAGGGUACUUGCAGAAGCACACCUUGAUUACAUCUACACUCAGCACCAUAAUCAUCCUUGAUAAUACUCUUGGAAAAUUAUCUUUAUAAACCUUUUCAACAUGAAAUAAUCCUCCUACGUUUUCCUUUUUAGUGCAUUUCUUUUCUAACCCGCUAUUUAGAGAUAGGGCCUCUUGUAAGUUUGGCAGAUAAACUUGUACUUCUGUGUUUCUAAGCUAUUUUCAGUUA